UUUGUAGUCUUAAAAUAAAUCUAAAGGAUCAGACAGGUCUUGAUCAACAACCUCUACUCACUACUCUAGCAUCACUUCUACCGAUCCUACUACUUAAGCAUUCUCCUGGAUCUACACCAUCAGAUACCUCGAGACUGUGACCAUGAGCGCUACGCUCACAGCACCGGCCAGCGCCAAGGAGUGGAGUGACGCAGUAGUGAAGCACCGCCUUGGGGGUCAAUCCAUCCACAGCGCAGAGCUGGCGUCGGCCUCCAAAAUGGGCUUCAACCAAUUCCUCCUAUGUCGCGUGCUAUGGCAUAAACAUACCGAGCAUCGUUCAUUAUCUACCAAGCUGCAGAUCAAAGAUUCGCUGAAACAUGCGGGCAAGAUGCUUGAGGAGCUCAAAUCGUGGUCUACAUAUCUGGAUAGCUUUCAGUCCACUAAAUUUAUCCCCGAAGGAACCUUUGCCAUCCCGCGGAAACACCAGCUGGAGGUAGAGACUACCAAACUUGAAGCUGAUCCUGCAUCGUUUAAUACGCCCAUCGCGGCGCGAACCCGCUCGAAGACACAACGGUCCUUAAAUUACGAGCAGACUCCAUCUCGGAAGCCGCGCAGCGACAAUGCUGCGACGUUUAGAACCCCUGUGGCCGAAACCACUUCCGGAGAUUCCCUCGGAGUCGAAGAAGACGACGAGUCAACACCGCCUGAGGAACACGAACCAACACCUUUUAACCCAGAUACUCCCAUCCCACCGGAAUUGGUUAGCGUCCUGUUUCCCCCAACCAUCGACGAGCAGAUUGUGAACUCUGCCCUGGUAACUUUCCUUGAUGCAAUUACCCUGCACUUCGGUCUCUCCUCCAGCUGGACUUUACACCGUAUUCCGUUCACCGCCGUCUUCAAGACCGCGCAGUUCGAAGCAAGGACAGAUGGCUACCUACGAGACCGCUCGGGAAAGCCGAGCGUGAUCAUAGAAGUCAAGCCCGUCAUCAGGGUCCACAACCUGGUGCCAAUCCAGAUUCAGGAGACCGCCCAGAUGGUCGCUUGGAUCAAGAGCGACGACGACCAGGCCCAGAGGCGCCAUACUACCCGUCUCCACGUCGCCCAGGACCGCAAUCAGAUAUUCGUGAUGGUCGCCGAGUACGGCCAAGAGUACCUCGACUAUCUGAACGACCGGCCUUCUUCCAGUCCACUCCGUCCUCGCCCGGCUUUCUUGACCAUGCACCAAUACGGUCCGUGGAAUACACAACGACCGGAGCACAUGCGCGAGCUGGGGCCUCUUCUUCUGGCCAUCACCAUGCGAGCGGAUGGAGAGGAUACAGGAAACUAGUCAUGCGCGGGGGUGAUACGGAUUGCGGGGGAGGCAGGGGGGAGGGGACUAAUGACAGCGCUAGUUUUUAUCUUUUGAUAUCAUGAUAUACAGGUUAUGUGCUUCCCUAGCUUUUGCCUAAAAACUACCUAAAAUUACCU